UUUUUUGCUUCAGCAUGUUGGGCUUUUGCUAUCAUCGGUACAAAUAUUUCUGCUAAUUCGGUUUCCUUUUCUUAUGAUUUAGCACUUUGGCUUCCACGUUGGAUAAACCCAAGAAGAGGUGCUUACAUCUGUAUGGUUUUGGGUAUUUGUAUUUGUCCUUGGUAUAUUCAAAACUCAGCAAAAUCUUUUUCAAGUUUUUUGGGUGGUUACUCAUUAUUUUUAGCCCCAAUCGCUGGUAUAAUGUGCACUGAUUACUAUGUUUUAAGAAACAGAAAAUUGAACUUACCAGGUCUUUAUAAAGCGGAUGGUCCAUACAGAUUUUAUCAUGGAUUUAACAUUCCAUGUUUCAUUGCGUUUUUAUGUGGUAUACUCCCAAAUCUCCCUGGUUUGGCUUGGGUUUGUGGAAAUAAAUCUGUACCAAAGGGAGCCAUUUAUCUCUAUUCUAUAUCAUAUGUCACUGGAAUUACAAUUGGCUCUUUAGUUUACUAUUUGAUUUGCAAAUACUUCCCAUCA